GCGCAAGCGGCGCAUGACGGAGAAGCCGCAGGGUGCUGGCCACUGUGUGUAUCUGCGCUGCGCUGCCGAGACGGACAGUCUUGGCUGACUGUGUGCUGGGCUGCAGUCUUUCGUCUUGCAGAGACUGUCUCGAUGUCUGCCUUCUCGGACCCGACGCUGGCGCAGGGUCUCUCGGACCGCCUCGCUGCGCGUAACUCUCGGCCUGUGCCCUCACCAGCGGCGGAAGAGGACCCGGCGCCCCCGGGCAGCCGCGCCUCGCCGCCUCGCACGCCCAUGGCGGAACGGGCAGCAGAUGGCGACGCCGAGGCCGUACGUCCAGCGGCGCUGCGCUUUCAAGUCGUGCGCAAUGCGCGCAGCGGCGGGCUUGGCUUCGGCGCCUUCGCUUCACCUGGCGCCGGCGGCGCCAAGAUGGGCAAGCGGCGAGUGGAGGGCCGGCUGCGGCGAGUGGGCAGCGACGCGAGCCUGAGCAGUGUGGGCAGCGUUCGGCGCGGCAAGUCGCGCACGCCAAAGAGCGGCACGCCACUGUCGCGCAUGCGCAUCAUCGAUGCCAUUGCCAUCGAUGCGGCGGACGAGACGCGCCGUCGGCGAAGGGCGGAACGCACAGACGAUGACGAGAGCGAGAUGGCCAAGCUGGACCGGCGCUUUGCCGACAUGCUCGGCGACUACCUAGCCGAGAAGGACCUGGUGCCCCCAGUCGACCUCUACACGUCCGCCAAGUCGCCGCAGCUCGGCAGCUCGCCGUCCGAUGCCGUAGAGCAGGCCGACGACGACGAGGAGUACGUUUACGACGUGUACUACCGCGAGCGCGAGGGCUGGGGCAGCGGCCCUGCCGGCCGCUCGGACUCGGGCAUGCACCCGCUCGCGGUGCCCGGACACGAUGGCGCGCUGGGCACCGACGCGCUGCCGGACCCCCUCGCGCCGCUGUCCGCUGCCACGGGCAUGCUUGUGCCUGCGGAGCGUGCGCCCAUGGCGACGCUUGAGGGCCUGCGCGCUGCGGAUCUGGAGAGCGACGACGAGCUCGAGGUGGAGGACGAGGGCAGCGAGGAGUGGGAUGAGGGCGAGGACGAGGACUCCAACGACGAGGGCUUCUACAGGAACGACUACCCUGACAAUGAGGGCCCGGACUCGGAGGAGGAGAUGAAUGGAUGGGCGGGAGAGAAGAGGAGCGACAGCGAGGAGGAGGAAGAGAGCGACGACAAUGACAUGUACUGAGCGGCUCGGGCACAAACAAACAAAGCAUCUGUAAUUCUAUUGCAUCAAUCCGUGCAUGCAUCAUUGU